UCGUUAUGAUAAAUAAAUAAAUUUCGUAAUUAUUCAUAAGCAUCAAAUGAUACAACAUCCAGCGAUUGUUUUGUUUUAGGUUUGAGAAUUAACAGCUACCAAGGCGGUAAUUCUCAUCAGUGGACACCGGUCGGCGCAUCUCUUCUUAUUGCCACACGGAAGCCUUCCCUUUCCAUCUCUUUCUCUCCCUCCCUCCCUCUCUCUCUCUCUCUCUCUCUCCUUUCUUCUUUUCAUUACUCCUCUCCCUUCCUCUCAGUUACAGUGACUACGGCUUGGCAAGUCUUAACACAGCCACAUCAAAGCAAAUGUGUGUGCAUCUGUUAUUUCGAUGCCAGUAAAACAAACAGCAACGCUGCCGGCAACUAAUAAUAAUAGUAAUAAAAAUAACUUGUUUUGUGAUAGAAUCUGCAGAAUGUCAAAGUGUUAAUUUUAAUACCUCUCUCUUGCACUCGCACUGACAACAACAACAGCGUCAGCAGUUAGAAGAUGAAAUGGAGAAAGCAUUAAAGGAGAAAACAUUCCAAUGCCAGGUGUGUGAUGAAACUUUUCCUGAAUACAGAGAUCUUGAGAAACACGUUUCAGUUCAUACUGAGGUAAAGCCAUUUCGAUGUGAGGUCUGUGGCCGAAUUUUUGACCGUAGUUCUCAUCUUCGGAAUCAUGUAAAGACUCAUGUUAACAAAGAAUCAUUCCAGUGUGAUAUCUGCAACAAGACGUUUGCCUGCAGUUCUUGGUUGCAGAGGCAUAUGAGGAGUCAUACAGGAGAGAAACCAUUCCAGUGUGAGAUUUGUGGUAAAAAAUUUUCAAACAGCUCCCAUCUACAGCGUCACAUCAGAAUUCAUACAGGUGAGAGACCAUUCCAAUGUGAGAUUUGCAGCAAAAAUUUCUCAGACACUUCACACUUACAGAGGCAUAUGAAGACACAUACUGACGUGAAGCCUUUCCAAUGUGAGUUCUGUGGCAAACACUUUGCUGCCUCUGCCACUCUGAACAUUCAUGUCAAAAGACACAUUGGGGGAAAACCAUUUCAGUGCAACAUUUGUGGCAAACAUUUUGGACGUAACUUCCAUUUGAAACGACACAAAGCUAUUCACACAGACAAAAUUUCCACAAACUGCGAAAUAUGUGGGAAACACUUCUUGUAUAGUUCCAAUCUUCAGGAACACAUGAGGACUCACUUUAGUGAAAAACCUUUUCCAUAUGAAACAUGGUAAAACUCCCACAAAAUCUCCCUCUUGACCAGUAUAAAAUUGACCAUAACAUAUAUUCCAACAAUGAGAGUCAUUGUAAGAAUGUGUGUGUUUUUUUUUUAUUUACUUUAGUGAGGGAGAAAUCUUCAAGUUCUGACAAAAAGAACUCCAACCCUCAUAACAGAAAUAAAGCAAAAUAAAUUAGCUUCAGCUCCACUUGGAACUAGAGUUUCAGUGUUUCAUCUGCCCUCUGUAUCUGUAAAUAUAUAUAAAGACAUCCUAUUUGUAACGAGCCUGUCUUUAACUAAGGAUUUAUGAAGAUUCUGACCUAAUAACAGACACAAAAAGUUAUUAUAUAGUUUUGUAUGUGAUAUUCUUGCUUUUGAUCAACUUCCUGUAUGUGUUUGUCAGGCAGGAGGCACACAAGACUAUCAUCAAGGUUGGGAUAGGACUUAGCAUGACAAUCACACAAGAGCUCUCUUAAUAUUUGAAUUUUUUUAAUUCAUAAAUCUGAGAUCAGAGGCACUAACUUGUAAAAUAAAUAAAUAAAUAAAUUAUAUACAAUAAAGUGAAAUGAAGUAAAGAGUAUCAACACUUCUGGCUGUAAAACUGAAAUUCUUAAUGUAAACUAAGACUGGAAAUUGUAUUUUAUCUGUUGCAAAUCUUGAAUAACCUCAUAUUAAAAGUUCACACCUUUCUAGGUUUGCCAUGUCA